GCGUAAAGUAAACAGACAGGCGGCUAAAGCGGCAGCAGGAAAGCCAGUAAAAUCAGUGAAAAGCAGGAAAAGCAGCGGCCAAAACAACAAAACUCCAGCGAAUUCCCACGCCGCGGCUGUUCUUCAGUCAGUUGAACUUUGACCACGGCGGCAACGGGUUGGUUCGUUCGGUGCGGUGCAGUUUUCAGUGCGGUCAACGCGGCGUAUGCGCAACGUCCACGCAACGUAUACGCAACGUGAGCAGUUUUCUGCGGAACAAUAAGUGAUGAUUUCCGAAUGUGCUGCUGGCAUAUGGCAGCCACGUGCCCCCAGCUAAAAUGUGACCAAAAGGAUUGCAAACAAAAAACCCAUGCUAAAUCAAAACAAUAAAAAAAAACGCUUAAUUAAAACAUGCAAAGUUAAUUGCAAAUGGCGCUUAAAAUGUGCAUAAAUCGAAGCAGAAAUGGCAUUUAAUUUCAUUUGAAAUAACCAAAGAAAACAUCAAAAAAAAGUGGCUCCAAAAAGCAGAAUAAAAACAAUUAGAACCGAAGCGAAACGUUUCAAUUAAAGCAAUGUCAACCAAUUGAAAUGCAAGUGCAGUGACAAAUGAAAUCAAAUUAAAGCGCUGAUAAAUUGAAUCACAAAUGCAAAACAAUUGACAGCAACAGCAACAACAACAACGAUACAUGUGCAACAACUAUAACAAAAUGCCGGCAUCAAGUGGAUUAUAUCGUAUAUAUCGCAUCAAGCACGGCUGUGUCCUUGACAGGCUGCAAAAACCCACGGCACUUAUUUUUAUUAUAGCCUAUAUUGCGGCAUGCGGCAUUUGCGACCACACAGCAGCGGCAUCGCCAUCCUCAUCCGAUGGAGGAGUAGGAGGAAAAACAGAAGCCUCCACCAUGACGACGCCGGGUAUAAAUCAAAAUUUAAUUAUGUCACAGGCGAAGGAGGAGGAGUCGGUUGAACCUGUGCCCGUGCCACAGCCCUACGCCCAAAGUGCCGCAUCCGGGGGCAGCAGCAUCAGCAGCUUCGACUCCACCAACGUGAUCGAUGGCCAGAGCCAAAAACCAGGCCCCAGCCAGCCCACGCCGACACAUCUGCUGGAACCAGUGCUCCAGACGCACUCCCACUCCCGUAUCCAGGCCAAAGAUACGGCCGGACCCUAUCCCAUACCCAUCCAUCGGCCGGAGCCCGUGGAGAACCAUCUGGAGGCCACCAACGGCAUCGAGGGCGGCCUGGAGAACCACCUCUUCGGCACGCCCAUGUACUUUGGCACAGAGAACUCCACUGUGGUGACCACCCAGAUCGGGGCCACCGCCCAUGUACCCUGCACGGUCCACCACAUCGGCGAGGGGGUGGUAUCGUGGAUACGCAAAAAGGAUUAUCAUCUGCUUACGGUCGGCUUAACAACGUACAGCAGCGAUGAGCGGUUCAGUGCCACGCACUUGAAGCAUUCCGAGGAUUGGACACUGCAAAUCAAAUUCGUGCAGCUACGUGAUGCCGGCGUCUACGAGUGCCAGGUGUCCACCCAUCCGCCCACCUCGAUCUUCCUGCACCUGAGUGUCGUCGAAGCCCGCGCGGAGAUCACGGGUCCUCCGAUUCGAUACCUAACGCCCGGAUCAACGCUGCGCCUGCAGUGCCGCGUGGUGCAGAAUACCGAGGCCUCCGAGUAUAUAUUCUGGUAUCACGACAACCGCAUGAUUAACUACGACAUUGAUCGGGGCAUUAAUGUGUCAACGGAGCCAGACUUUCAAUCAUCGGAGCUUACCAUUCAGCGGACACGACGCGAGCAUUCGGGAAAUUUCACCUGCGUUGCCAGCAACACGCAACCAGCCAGCGUCCUGGUGCACAUCUUCAAAGGCGACAAUCCGGCUGCCAUGUAUCACGGUCAUGUGGGCGGUUCCACGAAGACAAUGCAGUCCCAGCUGCAUAUGAUUAUGAUAAUCAUUGCCAGCGGCUAUCGGAUAUUCCACACGAGUGUAUAUAUGAAGAUCGUGUAGAUGGGUUAAGCGCCCCCUGGCGAGCAUUUGUAACUACGACAUCGGCGGAAUCUGCUGGAUCUGCCCGGUUAUGGAGGCCCUAACCUAACAUUAGUUACUUCUAAUCCUAAAACCUUGCUAACGGCAUCUCCCAACAUACAUACGUACUACCCAUACACCUAAAGCCUAAGCCAAAACUAUCAGAAAAAGCGAAUCAAACUUAAGAACCCUAUCUCUCUCUCCUUAUAUAGCAUACAGGUGUGCAUGUAUUAUAGUAUACAACACUCUCCUUUUAUAUGUAUGUUAUGUAUGUGUGUCCGUGUGUGUUUCGUUAAUGUAUAAGUGUCAUACGUAGCCACACAUGUAUUAUAUAAAGUCUAACUUUGCAGACUAGUAAUGCAAAAUUAAGGAGAGCUAUUUCAAGGAUCCCGAUAAAAAUACAAAAGAAAAACCCGUAAAUCCGUAGUUUGGAUCCUGGAAUUGCCAGCGAGCUCAAUAUUAAGAACUGACGUGCAUUUUCAACCUAGAAUUCAUAUUUUUACAAGUCCCAGUCUACGAUUAAGUACUUAGUUUCGGCCACACACAAAGACACUCAAUCAUUUACGAUCUGAUUUAUGCUGCAUUGUACAGACAACCACUUAACUGAUUAAAAUGGAUUUAGCUAAAGGAAUUUCGGUUUUACUCGAGCCACUGCUCCACGGCGAAACUUUCAGAAUUAAGCUGUAAAUAAAUUAUUUGUUAAACUAAAGUACAUAAAUAAACUAUUACGUUUAAGAGUGGCCAUUGGUUAUUUGCCGGAUGUGUGCAAACAAAUUUAGGAGUGCUGCAUGAGCUGAAGUCUAUAGUUAAGCAUUGCAACAUUUGGCAAGAAGUUGUUAAUCAAAAUGGGAUAAACCGAAAACAAGAAGCGAACAGAGUAAUCAAAAUAAACUAAUUGUCUAACAUAAGGGAUAUUUAGCAAUUUUUAAUUAGUGGACAUAACUUUUAACUGUCUUAGCAAUGUGCAAAUGCAAAAAAAAACAUUGGCAAACUACUAAGGAAAUGGAGAUUGAUGAAAGGAAGGCUUCCAAUGAUUGUGUGUAAAUAUCGAUUUGUGCAGCUGCAGAGAUAAUUUCUAGCCCUUAAGUCUGUGUAGUUAAAUGUAACGAAAAUUACCAAAACCAAAAAGAAAAACAUAAAACAUAAAACAAGAGAACCAUCAUGGGAAAACUGA